AUGGAAUUGGAACAGCAGCUUUCUAUUGAUGAACUCGCCUUGGGAGAUAUAGACAACGAAGACUUAAUAGAAGCUGAAGGCAUAGGUGCUAGGGAUAAUAAACAUCAUGUACCAGAUCCACUAGAACCACAUCCAAGUAUUAAUAACGAUGAUUUGCAUACCGAAAUGCCAGAAAAACUACAGGACCUUGAAAGAAAACUUUUGGCUCAUGAGCGUUCCGGCAUUCCUGUUACUCCAAGAACGAAAGCACUUCAAUGGGAUCACCGAUACGAGGAGCAGGAUCACUCACAGGUCAUUAAGGGUCUUACCCAACUUCAAGCAAUCCAGAUACCGCGAUGGACCGGACAAGGUGCUGACAAUCUGGGUUGCGAGCUGCAUGGCUUUUCUGACGCUUCGAGCAGAGCUUAUGCUGCAGUCGCAUAUCCCCGUAUUAUUCAGAAGGAAGGAAGUGCACGAGUAACUUUACUGACUGCUAAAACGAGAGUGGCUCCUAUCCUACCUGUGACCAUACAUAGACUUGAAUUGCGAGGAGCUCAGUUAUUAGCUAAGACUCUACAUUUUUUAAUUUUAACAAUGGGGUUUGAAAGUAUCCCACUUUAUUGUCACACUGAUGCCUCUAUAGUGUUAGCUUGGUUAACCAAGCAUCCAUCGACUUGGCGUACGUUCGUAUCUAAUCGAAUGGCUCACAUUCAUGAGCUUGUUCCAAACGCUAAGUGGAGAUAUGUUCCCACUAAGGACAAUCCCGCUGAUUGCGCUUCCAGGGGUCUCUUCCCAGAAGAAUUGGAGGAUAAUCCCUUAUGGUGGCAUGGUCCACAAUGGCUGACCAAACAUUCUGCUAGUUGGCCAGAAUCAAGGUCCGUUUUGUCUCAAGAUAUGGACCUUGAGUGGAGUAAAAAAGUUACUUAUCAUACUAUGAAGCAGGCUAAGCAACCCUUCGACCAAGCUGAUAGGUUUUCGUUUUGGCCAAAUUUGUUGAGAGUGACCGCCUAUUGUCUUCGAUUUUUUACAGCUUUCAUGAUUAAGGUGGGUAAGUUACCGAAGACUGCGUUCCAACAUGAGACAUUGGCUCUCUCGUCAGAUGAGAUUCAGCAAGCUUUCUUGUAUUGGAUCAGGAGAAUUCAAAAGGAAAACUUCGAACCUGAGUUGUGCGCCCUUCAACAGGACAACCAGAUAAAACAAAGCUCGUCUUUAAAAACUUUAUACCCAUUUUUAGAUGAAUCUGGUGUACUGCGUUUGGGGGGAUGUUUAGAUAAUGCCCCAAUUAGUUACGAUGAAAAGCAUCCUAUUACAGUUCCGCGUCAUCGAAUAAGUGAGCUUAUCGCUCAUCAAUCACACAUUAGAUCAUUUCAUGGUGGUACGCAACUUGCUUUACGCACGUUACGACAGAGAUUUUGGGUGUUAGGAGCUCGCACGCUUGUCAAGAGAUUGAUUUAUGUCUGUGUUUUAUGCGUCCGUCAGCGAGCUACUCUUUCUCAACAGCUGAUGGGAGCUUACCAUCGCUUUACAAAUCGUCGUGGAUUACCUGCUCACAUGUACAGUGACAAUGGUACCACAUUUCAGGGAGCUGAAAGAGAAUUGCGUAAUUGCCUUUUAAAUCUACGUAAAGAUUUAAACUUGCAGAAUCAACUCGCCAGCCAAGGAAGUACUUGGCAUUUCAUUCCGCCUUCUGCACCCCAUUUCGGGGGAAUGUGA